GUCACGCGGCAGCGUCACCGAAGGGGGCAUCCGCCACACGAGCAGCAGACAUGGACGUCGGAGUGGAGCUCGGCACGGAGAUCAGCCGCAAGAUUCGGUCCGCUAUUAAAACCAAGCUCACAGAGCUUGGGGUUUAUGUUGACAAUGAAUUGCCGGACUACAUCAUGGUGAUGGUGGCCAACAAGAAGAGCCGCGAUCAGAUGACUCGCGAUCUGAUGCUCUUCCUGGGAGACAACACCAGCAAGUUCACCGCGUGGCUGCAUGGCGUCCUGGACAAGCUGCGUUCCAUCACUGUGGACCAGGCUCAGACGCGAGCGGACGCCCCGGUGUCCGAGAGCCGCGAAAAGAAAGACUCGAGCCACUCCAUCUCCCACUCGACCGUGCCCGCUGGUCGUGCCGCCCACGAGGGGGUGCCGACGGCGGUGGCAGCGCCACCACGCGACACCAAGGGCUCCACCGGCAGCAGCGCCACGGGUGGUGGCGGUAGCGGCGUCAGUGCACGCCGCGACCGCACCUCCUCCUCCAGUAGCCGACACAGUGGGGAGCACCGCUCCUCACGCACCGCGUUCAAGCACUCCCUGUCAUCGAGCGCCGACCUACCCAUGCCCUCUGACCCCAUCAUCGACAUCACCCCGACCUUGGACGACCUCUCAUACGACCUGAGCAGCGGCGCAGGGGGGUCCCGCUCGCCGCCCCCCCACCGUCCCGUUGCCGUGACGACCUCAACCUCCCCGUCCAGGAAGCGGCCCGUCUCCAUGGGGAAUGUGGAUUCGCCUCCCAGGAAGAGGCCGAUCGCCGUGGUGAUGGGCUCCGGGUCCCCGCCCAUCGCUGCUGCUGCCGCUUCUAGGAAGCGACCGGUCGUCGUGGAGACGAUUCCAUCGCCACCCAAGAGGCGUUCGGUCACCGUAGAUACAGUCCCAUCGCCCCCCAGGAAAAGACCUCUUCCCAUAGGGACUGACUUGUUGUCCCUCAGGAGGAGGCCUGUUGCUGUGGAGACGGUACCUUCCCCUCCCAGGGGUCGUCCGGUUGCCGUGGAUAUUAUCCCAUCUACUCUCAGGAAACGUCCAGUCGCCGUCGCCCUGGAUACCCUGCCAUUGCCCGUCAGGAAGAGGCCCGGUGCCUUAGAGAUGGAUUCUUUGCCUCCCAAGAAGCGUUCCGUUGCCGUGGAUACGGUGCCAUCGCCCCCCAGGAGGAGGCCCGUUCCCGUGGUUUCGACACGGAGCAGCCACGACGGGGGCCACCAGCGCGGGGGCGAGCGACACGCGCGGGAGGAGGGCGAGGGCUGGCGCAGUGGGCGGCGUGUGGGCGCCUCCAGCUCGGUGCUGCGCGUCUUCCCGCUGGAGGGCGACGACCACGACGAAGACGACGACCGAGGAGAGUGGGAGGAGGAGGGGGAGGAAGAGGAGGAGGACGAGGUGGACGUCUGGCGGCGCGGGGGCGGCCCUGCCAGCAGCGUGCAGCUCCCUCCAAAACCCGAGCGCAAGCCAACGCUGCCUCCCUCGAAGCAGGCGAACAAGAGCCUGCUGAUGAAGGCCAUCUCCGAGGCGCAGGAGUCGGUCUCCCGCACCACGAGCCGCAUGCAGCCCAUCCAGCAGCGGCAGACUGCCCCCGUGGCCCCCCGGGCUCGCCCUCGGGAGGACAGGGAGGGCGAGUGGGAGCCCAGGAAAUGGACGCGCGGGUCCGGGACGGUCCAGGCCGACGAGGCGGGCCGGCUGACCUACAGGGCCUCGUCCGGUCCGCGCCAGAGUGUCACCCGCUGGCCCGAGGCCCGGCCUGGCACGGCACGGCCUCUGGAGCCAAAGCACGGCCUCCUGCCACAUUCGGAGCAGCGGCAGCCGGAACAACAGCAGCGGCAGGCGGAGCAGCAGCAGCAGCAGCGGCAGUUGGAGCAGCAGCGGCGGCGGCAGCAGCAGCAGCUACACCAGCAGCAGCAGGCAAUGGAACCGCAGGAAGUGGAACCACGUGAAGUAGAGUCGAAGCGCUCCACUGUGCCACAACCACGCCGGGCCAUGAUCAGGAGGAACCUGGAAUUGGGUCAGGGUGGUGCUCAGCCGGAACGGGAGAGCUGGCGCCCCAAGCAGACACGCACGCAACCUCAGCUGCAACCCCAGCUGCGACCUCAGCCGCAACCGCAGCCGCAACCGCAGCCGCAACCUCAGCCGGAACCUCAGCCAGAACCUCAGCCGGAACCUCAGCCGCAAUCGCAGCCGCAACCGCAGCCGCAGCCGCAGAUAAAACCGCAAGUGCAGACGCUGCUUGUGGACUCGCGGCACGUGGAGGCGCUUGGAAAUGACGCGAGGCCUCACGAGGCCGGCAGCGCUCGGCCCGUGGUGGUGUUUGCCGACACGCGCUCCUUCGUGCUGACGGACGAGGAGAGGGGCCAGACGCGAGACCCCCCCAGGGAGACUGUUACGGUGGCGGCAGUGGCGGCAGUGGCGACCGCGGUGAUGCCCGCCGCUCCGACCAGCAACUCGCUGGCGCAUCGUCUGGGCGCCACGCCGCCAGCCGUCAUCGCGCCGCCACGGCUCAUACGGAACCGAAACCCCGAACCGCCGCGCCGGCCCGUGAGCCCCAAGUUCAUCGUGACGCUGGACGGCGUCGCGACGCCUCCGGCGGGGGCGGCCUCAUUUGCCGGCGACGCGGACGACGAUGACGUGACGAUGACCGCCGUGGCGUUGGCGGCGUCGGGUGCCGAGGUGGAGGAGAUGGAGCCGUGCUACUCCGAGUUGGAGGCCAUGGGCGGCGGCGUCGUCGACAUGGAGGAGAUGGAGCUGUCGGUGCCGCUCGGGAGGCCCCACGUGUUUGUGCAGGCGCAGGACGGCAAGCUGAUGCAGAUCCCCAAGCUCAAGCCCGUGGCCGUGUCGCUGGGAGAGUCGGAUGACGACUCGGACGAGGGCUACGUCCCCGAGGCGCAAGCGAAAGGGCGCGAGCGCUGCCGCUUCUGGCCCGGCUGCAGCAACGGGGAAGCGUGCCCCUUCCACCACCCGACGCAGUGUUGCAAACGUUUCCCCAACUGCAAGUUCGGCGAUCGGUGCCUUUACAUCCACCCGGUGUGCCGCUUUGACGGCAAGUGCAGCAAGGUGGAGUGCCCCUUCACGCACACGGAGAAACGCCGCCCUGCGCAGCCUGCCAAGCCAGUGGCAGCCCCGGUCGUCUCUUCUUCCGCUCAAUGCCGCUUCUUCCCCGAGUGCAAGAACCUGGAAUGUCCCUUCGAGCACCCAAAGCCGUGCCGCUAUGGGGUUCGCUGCAAGCGGACCGGCUGCGUCUUCUACCACCCCUCGCCGCCCUCUCUGCCUCCCCGGCAGGCGCUCAAGUGGACCAAACCCCAGGAGGUCAAGUGAGGAUUCUUUAUGUUGAAGAGAGGAAUAUACGCAAGACUUGCCCCGUCUGGCAACCUUUAAUCAACACACACAAACAUUUAGAAACUCAUUGACACUUCACCACGAGACUGGGUGAAAUCCUGUGAUGGGUUAUGUCUUGCCGCCGAUUGUGAGCUGGAAACGUAUGACAAAGUCACGAUUGUAAAAAUAAAUACAAUUUUAAAUAAAAAAAUAUUCGAAAAUAUUAUUUUUUACCCUUAAUGCGUCAGAUCUCAGAGUUGAGAUGUUUAAUUGUUCCAUGGGAAAUCCCGUUCAGCCAGUUAACCCAGCUAGUUUUCUCGGGAGAUCCAUGCUGCAUCGGCACGAAACAACAUCAAUGUGAUCCGUACGCAGGAACAGGCAACAUCGGAACAGAAUGCUUCGGGAGGUGCAGGGAAAAUAAAAUCCAUCAAGAACCAAAAAAUAACAACAUUAAUAUAACCAUGCAUAUUGCACCAAAAUUUAAGACGAAGUGACUAAUGGUUAGAGAGGCGAUAAUCGCAAGGCGCAACGAACACAACCGAGGGGAUUAAACAGCCAGUCAAUCCUGAGAACGCAAAAAGUAGCAGCAAGCUGGUCAGGUACGGGUGGAGCUGAUCUUGCUGCUGCGCUUUCUGAGCUCGGAAUGAUUUGUCAACGGUGGACGGAUCGAGAGGUAGCAGAGGGAGCCCGAUCCGAAGUUUGAGAGGCGCAUGGGCGUUCCGGUAACGUGGGGCAGCAACGUGGAAGGACGUGUCGCCCAACCUCACUUUUAACAGCUGGUAUUUUUAGUAGAAACGGGGGGGGGGGGGGGUGGGGGGUGGGGAGGCACUGCUGAGGUUGCAGCUGGGAAUUUGUGGAGCUAGGAGGUCCUUUUUAGAUGUUUGGCAGGUUUAUUUCGAAAUGACUUUUAAGGAUGAAGACGGCCCAGUGGUGAUCUCGCAUUCGGAUGUCCAGGGGGGGACUAAUUUGAGGUAAUAUAGAGGUUGUAAUGCUCUUUUCUAAAACGGGCAUCAAGGGCAAAGCGGACGGCUGAGUGGUAAAAUGGAACAAUCCGUUUUAGAUUGGUUUCGGAGGCUAGGCGGUUGAUAAUAUCGCAAUGGUCAAAGAUGGGGUGGAUGGCACCUUUAUAUCAAGACAGCCGAGGAGCCCAGAUGGGUGACCGUCGUUGACACUAAGCAGGUUCCCAUAGGGCUACGUGGCGAACGGCAGAGAAUGGUGCAAUCGAAAUCAAUUGUACCGUAUUAUUAUACGACCACGUCUAUGUUCCACACAUUUACCAACGCACCACAGACCAACGUGAAGUACGGUCAAACAACCCUCACCGGCCCGCAUGGCGUGAGGAGGCCCUGAUCCAGCGGUGAAUUGUACACGUGCCGAAAAGGCCAGUGGUAUAUCGCCCCUAGCCAUCGCAUUCAACCCAAAUGUGAUCCAACACACUAGUGGCCAUUGCUACAGUCAUUGCCCCUCUCACUAAUGCAUACUGUGCUCGCACGAAGUCGCGCACCGCUCUUCACCAGUGCACACGUGUGGACACGUGCACAUGGCCCACACGGACCAACCAACGACAGCGGCUUACACUUGUGAAUGCCGUUGUGUGCCGUCGAAGCCAUUAUAUUUGUGAAGAACCACCUUGUUGUUUAUUUUACACGCGUCUUCGGGAUGUUGCCGUGGUGUGAUGGUGAGCACACUGGGCCUUGCGAUACAGAGGCCGCUGGUUGUGAUCUCCGGGCGCGACAGUUGAAAACAAUCGUGGAGUUUUAUUUUAAACAAAAAAAAAACCUGGCCUUAAUCCGCUCGGCAGUAUAAAUGUGUCCAUCACAGUAAAUCUCGGUAGGUUGUGUGCAGUGGGUUUAAAAUGUGGGCAUCUUCAAUACAUCUGGUCAGCGUGGAAGAGUAGGCCAGAGACCCUCUCGAACGUCUGCUAACGGAGGCAGCAGUGAUGUAAAGGUGUAAUGCUGCACACCUGUUGGCCUCGCUUAAGGUUGGUUCGCACUCGCGUAACUCGUAUCGUCGAUGGGUUUGCUCGCGAAUGGCUUGUUUUGUUCAUCCCUCGUUUUUAAAUUGAACCCCCCCCCCCCCCCCCUUCAGCAAUUUCCCUCCCUCUCACCAGAGGUCGCAACCGGGUACCCGAUACCCGUACCCUACCCGAUACCCGGCUACGCGUACCCGGUCGGGUACGGGUACCCGUUUGCAACCCUGGUGCGGCCGGGUACGGGUAAGGAAUCAAAACCCGUUUGCGACCUCUGCCUCUCACAUAUGAACUCUGCUGCUGCCGUUCACACUUGAGCAAUUGGGCGAUGAGACUUUUACGGAAAAUGCACCGUAAUCCGUAAAGUGCGUCCGGCCACUUCUUCCGCCUGUCGUUUCGGAGUAGAACGUGACUGCGUUCUCUCCCUUUUUU